UGUUGUGCUUUUCGAUCGCGGAUGUGUGCUUUUCGAUCUCGCGAUCUCUAAUUUCUUUUGCAAUAUAUAUAUUGCACAGUGACAACAGAGAAAGAGAAAAAACAACUGCAUAUGCGAUUUAUAGCAGGCGUGUUCUUUUGUGUGCGUGGGUGUGCGAAUAAAUAAUAAAACGAAAUGAACGAGCAAGGAAAACAACAGCUGCAGCAGCACUACUACCAAUGCGAUUGGAAGACGGUUAACAGUCACGGAAACUCGUUAUCAGACAGCCGGGAUUAUGAUACCAACUCGUCGCGCAAUUCGCUCUCCGGCUCCCCGCCCGUCGCGUCGAAUUCCUCCAGCGGUUCCCUGGAUUUCGACAGGCCACUGGCCCAGUUGCUCACCCCAAAACUGGAGGCAGAUGGACUGGGCAUCAUCCACGGCGAUAACUACAGCAUCUACGGCAGCCAGGCAACGGAGUCCACCAGUGGCGAGCAACAGGUGCUUAAUCUGGGCCUGUCGCUGGACACCGAGGACGUCCAGGCGUCCUAUAGUGCCCUGUUCUCGCAGGAACUCACUCCAUCACAAACGCACGCACAUCCACAAAUCGUUUCUGCGGGAGCGGUCAAUGGUUACCCACUCGCGGAUCAACUAACGCCCAUGCCCAUCACGGUCAUACCCAUCACAUAUCAUCAUACCACCGAAAACCUCAGCUCCAACCUCGCUGAAGUUCCACUGAUUGCCAGUCUAAGCGAGAGCACCGCCCAGGUGUUCAAUCUGGACGACAUCUGCUUCACGCUGGAGUACCAGUUCGAGAACCAGAAGCUCGUCCAGGUCCAGCCACCCACCGUGGUCUCCCUCAGCAUGGUAUCCACCUCCGACGAGGGUGCAACUCAUACUAUCAACUGUGAUAAUGUCCAGGGAACUGCGAACAGUAACUCCAGAGGCUCGGAAUCCAAUUCUCCGGCUUAUUUCACUAUUGAGACGAGCUAUGUGGAUGAGUACGAUCCAAAUGACCCGGACGAGGACGAGCAGCUGGCCCACUGCAUCCAGCCCGGCGUUCUGCACCAAGAGGCGCAGGAGGAGGAAGAGGAGGAGGAGAUAAGGCAGGACGAGAACGACCAGCUCAUGGCGUUGGCCUACGAGAGUUCGGAUGAGGCUCUCAGUCGCUAUAGAUGCAACUAUGAGAACUGUUAUCGCAGUUAUAGUACAAUUGGAAACCUGCGAACGCACUUAAAGACCCACACGGGCGACUACAGCUUCAAAUGCCCGGAAGAUGGAUGCCACAAGGCCUUCCUCACAUCCUACAGCCUAAAGAUCCACGUCCGCGUCCACACCAAGGUGAAGCCCUACGAGUGCGAAGUGACCGGCUGCGAUAAGGCCUUCAACACGCGCUACAGAUUACACGCCCACCUGCGACUGCACAAUGGCGAGACGUUCAAUUGCGAGCUGUGCCAGAAGUGUUUCACCACGCUGAGCGACCUGAAGAAGCAUAUGCGUACCCACACCCAGGAGCGGCCCUACAAGUGUCAGGAGGACGACUGCGGCAAGGCCUUCACCGCCUCGCACCAUUUAAAGACCCACCGGCGGACGCAUACCGGCGAAAAACCGUAUCCUUGCCAGGAGGACAGCUGCCAGAAGUCGUUCAGCACUUCGCACAGCUUGAAAUCCCACAAGAAGACGCACCAGCGGCAGUUACUCAACAAGGGCCGCAAGAAGAGGCCACAGAAGUCGCAGAAGUCCAAGUUCAGUGAUCAGGAGCAACAGGAUCCCCAGCUGGAGGAGCAGGAGGAAGAGGAGUUCCGUAAAGCUAAAGCGGCAGAGAUGAUGGUGCUAAAUCCAGGCAGUCACUGCUCCGAAACCACCAGCACGGACAGCGGAGUGGUGCUGCACACUCUGACGCCGCAGGAUCAGUUAUCCAAUGUGUUUAUCCUUCAGGGCAACGAACCCCUGAUCCUUCCCGAGACUUCUCAGGCCUACCAGCUCUCCUUCGCCGCCGAAGAGGAAAUACCCAGUCCGUGGAUUGACGCUGGCGUCCUUGUCUCCAAGCCCAUCAUUCCCAUGGCUCCGCUAACGGAUGCCUGCGUGGCCUUGCCCACUGAGAUGCCCAGUUUCGUGGACCUGAAACCCACAUUCGGCAAUGCUGUGAGCGGCAACAUGGGAGAUCCGCAGGCGGAGACCAUGGAAAUCGACGUUGCAGUAGAGCCUACUUUGGCAACACCCACCUUGGAGUUAAAUCAGCAAAAUAUCGAGGAGCUGCUUAAGCAGGACAGCUUCGACAACGAGGAGGACAUGGAAACGGAGUCGCUGCUGAACGACAUCCUCAUGACCAUCGACAACAACAGCGCCCUGUUGCAGGCCACACUGCAACAGGCUUCCCAAGUGCCCAGCGAUGCCUCUGGCUUGGUGGAGCUGGACAUUCGAGACAACAAGCCCACGCUCAAGCAGAUCACAGCGGAUGCGGGCAUCUGCAAUUGCACCAACUGCAAGUGCGAUCAAACCAAGAGCUGUCAUGGUGGCGACUGUGGUGCUGCAGCUGCCCAAAAGGCCACCAGGACGACCACAACCACAACGAUGAAUUCCAGCAGCGGUGGCAAACGCAUUUGCGGCAGCCUGGCGCCCACCAAAAAAGUGAGUAAACGCGAGGCGGAAAUGAACCAGAAUAUCGAGGAUGUUGCUUUGCUGCUGCAAAACCUGGCUUCCAUGAGUAGCGGUGGCUCCUCCGGCGGCGGCGGUUGCUGCGGAGGUGGUGCAGCCGCCAAGCCAGCACCUUCUGCUGGAGGCUGCUGUGGAGAGCCGAAGGCUUCUGAACCCGUGAAGACCGGUUGCGGCUGUGCCCAGCCGAGUGCUCCCGCUUCCACUGGUUGUUGCGGCAAUGGAGUUGCUCCUGCUCCUGCUCCAGCCUCGGGCGGCUGCUGCACGGGCAACCAGAAGACAACACCACCAGCUCCUCCUCCAGCCGCGGGCUGCUGUUCCGGCCAGGGAAAAGCCCAGGAGCCGCCCGUCAUUAGCAGCGCUCCCGCAGCUCCCGCUGCCGCCGUCAAGGGCAACGCCUGCACCUGCAAGAGUCCGGCGGAGGGCGUGGCCAACGGCUGCUGCGUGGUGAUCUGCAUUAAAACGCUGCAAGCGCUCCGCAAAGUUCUGACGCGCCGGAAUCUGAACCUAAUGCUUUGUCCACAGCAGAACUAAACUAAGUACCACUUAUGUACACUAAUCCCAAAGCCCCUGAAACCUACAAGACCAAAUCCAAGAGCCCAGAGAAACCAAUCAUGUAAUCAAUCAAAGUAUUGUGCCUCUUAAAAGUAUUUCCCCAUAAAGAAGAGACCAAAAAAUAACCGAAAUUGUUAAAGUGCAUUUAAGCGAAUCGAUUCAACCAAAUGUGAUCCCAGCGGAGGCUGGCCGCGCUACAACUUACAUUACAAAAAAGAUAACCCUUCGACUAAUAUAAAACCCCAGUAUAUAGAUACCCAAAGCGCCUUCUGGUGAACUUUUUGCAAACUGUCGGCGAUAAACGAAAAAUAUUGCCAUAAAUCCAAUGUAGGAAGAUACGACCCCUUAUCAGGCAAUAAAACAUGGCAGACUAUGUAGUAUAUGGCCAAUUGAUAUAUGUAUAUGUACGACCAGUUGAUAAAACGCCAUCAGCUUCCUUUUAUCUAAAGCUCUUUCUUGUUUUUGUACAUUUUUAAUAUUUAACAUACUAAAUAUCUUUCAUUUUAUCUAAAACUAACAAUUAUAGUUUAUAACUACCCCAGAUUCAAAGCGAUCCAUGCCUUUAGGGACGUUAUAUUUAUGGGGGGUUUAAUUGUUAAAUUGUAUCAAAUAUAACAGAAUACUUUUGUGUUUUUUUAAUCGAGUUUAUGACGCUUUAUAUCAUGCCAAAUAUGAACAGAAACAUAUUUUCUAUUGUUUUCUUAUAUACCCAAAGUUAAAUCAUCUGUAUAAAGUCGAAUAAAACAUAAAACUAAA